AUGUCUGCUACAGAGCCGUCAAUCGCGCUGCACAAGCUAGAAAAACUCCGUCUCACAUCGGUGGGAGAGCACCCAAUACUCUCUGCAGUGCCUGUAGGUGAAGAUACCAACAGCCCGUAUUUCGUUCGUCUACCGGAAAUUGAUUUGGCCAAAUCCAUCUUCUUUGAUACCUGGAACUGCGAUUUUGCUCAGGAACUAGACGGUGAGGAUGACGGGACAAGCAGCGAAUCAUGGGGUCGAAAAUUCGACGAAUUUAUAGAAUCCCAGCACGAUACCCCCUUCACCCCCGGUUUACCGUUUUGGAGGCUUCACAUUAUACCAGGUUCCCGUGAUGAGCAACGCUUCAUUGCUGUGUUUGUCUAUCACCAUGCGCUCGGGGAUGGAUCGUCUGGCAAAGCCUUUCACACCACCUUUCUUCGAGCUCUCCCCGAUGCUCUAGCUUUCAACCCGGGAGAAGUAGAAAAAAUAGUGAAAACGCCCAAUAAACCUCUACUACCAACUCUUGAAGCACUUCGCUCGCUACAAUUGUCUUUCUUUUAUAUCCUCAAAGUAAUAUUCAACACUAAACUCUGGCCUCGCCGGGAUCCUGAGUUAUGGACCGGAGAGAAAAUCCAUCUGCCGCUGAAGAAUAAAAUGCACCACAUCACCGUACCAGAGAAAAAAACCGCAGUCUUGAAGCGCCUGUGCCGGAAACACGGUGCAACAAUAACCGCCGCGCUGCAAACCCUCGUUGCAAGGGCUCUAUUUGCCCAUCUUCCGAACCAGUUCAAAAAGCUGCACUGCUCGGGCGCCGUGUCUACUCGACGUUGGCUUCCAAGAGACAUCGUCACAGACGAUUCCAUUGGCGUCUGGGUGUUAGAUUUCUCCGAAGACUAUACCCGCGAAGCCGUCGCCGGUCAGCCUUCUUUUCCCUGGGACGAGGCCCAGCGCUCAAGAAAGACCAUCGAAACAUUCCUGCACAGCCAAGGCAGAAAUACCAACGUGGCACUUCUCAAAUUUGUCAGAGACUACCAUCGCGAUUUAUUAACAUCGAUGAUCGGGAAAGACAGAGGUGCGAGUUUCGAAGUAUCCAACAUCGGCAUGCUUACAGAUCCUACAUCCUUUUCGGGCUUGCACUCAAAUGAAAAUGAUAAACACCCUGGGGGAGCAUCCCAACCUCUGCAAAAGCCUCGAAUUGGUAGAAUGAUAUUCAGCCAAAGCGGGAACGUAGCAGGCUGUGCGGUGAAUGUUUCUGUCAUAACUGGCGGAGAUGGCUGUUUGGUGCUUACCUUUUGUUGGCAGGAAAGUGCUGUAGAAACAGGGCUAGUGAAAGCGGUGAUAGAGCAAGUCCAGAAAGACAUCGAUAUGCUCACUGAGGACGCUCAUUGA